UGACUUCAACAAAUAAUGUAGUAUGAACAUCACCAAACGUGUAGUCCUUCCUUGAAGAUGACAUUCAAUAAGUGAUUUAUAUUUAGUAUCAACCUGAAGGAGAAAGUAAUUAUACAGGUGUUAAACAUAAUAAGAUGACAAAUGUUUGCGUAUUACUCUGCAUAUUAUUGUGUGCGGAUAUGUUCCUGAUUCGUACAGACUGUUAUACUGUCACGACUAUACAACACAGAGACUUGUUGCAGACUACUUCAACGCUUAUAGAACUGUUCCAAGAGAUCCUAGAUAGAAGGCGAGCAGGGAGACAGUCUCACCAGUCGAUAGACGAAGUGAUAGAAGAUGCCUCAGGGCCGGGGACGUUUGCUUCUGCCACUUUCCUUCCGGACCAGGGCGCGAUUGCUUAUGAGGGAGAUAUGCUGAUGAGAGUACCUCAGUUUACCGAAAUGCAGCAGGACGCGGCGGCUGAAGCGAUAGUACAUUCCAUGAGUUUAGUUCGGGUGGCACAAGCGCUGGAUGAAGCGAUACAGAAACAUUUUCACUUCCACUGGCCGGAAGUGCACUUGCAUCACCACAAUGGUCACAUCCGCCGGGAACGAGCUGCCAGACGUACCGAGACACGCUACUGGCCAGACGGUGUGAUCCCCUUAAGGAUAUCAGGGAGAGGCUUCAGAAGCCGGGAAAAACGACGGAUGGCGAUAGGGUUAAAUCAGAUCUCGGAAAAAACUUGCAUCUGUUUCAGAAGGAUAAGUAGAUCGGCUGCAAGACGCAAGGUCCCACAUGUACGCGUAUUAGAAGGAAGAGGGUGUAGAUCGUAUGUCGGGAUGUCUGUCCGGGAACAACAUUCAACACUAUCUCAGGACAUGAUCCUCGGAAAGCGGUGCCGGACGUCCACCGUGUUCUCACAUGAAAUACUACACGUUAUCGGACUGUUCCAUGAACAUUCUCGGCCGGAUCGCGACAAGUAUGUAGAAAUUCUCCCGCAAAAUGCAGCGAACACCAGUCUCAUCAACUUUAGACGUAUAAGCUCCAGAGCUAUCAAUACCAGAGGUGUGGGCUACGAUUAUCUCAGCAUCAUGCAUUAUGGCAGUAGGGCAUUCAGUAAAAAUGGUGAUUUUACCAUAGUUCCACGUCCUGACACCCACAGAAAGCAGUACCUAAACCGAAUCGGCCGUGCCCGCAGAAUCAGCGAGAAAGAUGCUGCAGUCAUCAAUCUAAUGUAUAACUGUACCAUGCCACGCCCAUCCAAACCAACGUGUUCUAAAUAUCCUUAUAGACUUUGAUUUAUUAUAAGCCAAUUCGGUAUCGAUUUGUGAGGAAAGUACUUUCAUAUUGAUAUUGAAAUUGACGUGAUGACGUGAUCAGUUGUCUGUGAGUUAUGUGUGUAAUGGUUUUGUUUGUGUUAUUCAGAAAUUAAAAAUUCA